CAAAACAAACUGUUUGUUUUGUUGCAUUCUGUCCGCUCUUGCUUGGUGGCGUAGUUUUUUUUAUCGGAGAAAAUUGUGAUUUAUUCCGUUAUUCAUAUCACUGCGGACAAAAAGAUGAAUUUCGAAGUGUCAUCUCGCUUUGAGCAGGAGGACUUCUGCCGGUUGUGCAUGUGCAGCGUUUACGAGCUGCACGCGCUUUUCCCGACAGAAGCUCCUGAGGACAAUUCGAUGCUCCUCACCAAGAUCUGUUUGCUGGCGGAAAUCAUUAUUGUCCCAAUGGAAGAGCUGAACUCCCACAUUUGCUCCCGGUGCCUACAUCAGCUGGAAGACUUUGAUUCCUUCCGACAGCGUUGCAAAGAUAGCGACGAACAGAUUCGGCAGAUUCGAGCUUCCCGCCAAAAUCAAGCGUACCAAUCGGCGGGAAUCGUUCAAGUGACUGAGGAUUCUUGCCUUGAUGUCCAAGAUGAAGUAAGUGUCGACACAGCCAGUCCUGAGUUUGGUGGUAGUUUUGAUUCAAUGGAAUACUGCGCAGAUCUAGCCGUUCCGGGGGAGUAUCGAUUGCUAUUCGAUGGAUGCGUUUAUAGAAGGGAAAGUUUACUGGUAUGGCGAUGUGAAGUGGCCUUCUGUCCGUGUCAGCUGCUAGUGCAGCAGGACUACGGCAAGUUCUGGAUCUACGACACGCAUAAUCAUGACCAAAUACCUCUCAAUAGAGAAGAUCGGAAAUUUGAAAAAAUGAAUCGAAGCAUUUAUGAUUUUUUGACCAAAUUACGUGAUCAAGUUGUACGAACAAAUGAGCAAGGAUCGGCAGUAUGGGGAUCGUCAAACGGACAACAGCUGGAUGCAGCCAACAUUCUAUAUUACACUGAACGAGAUCGACCUAUAAUUCUUAUGAAUGGUCAAUGGUACUACAAGGAAGCAACUACGAACAUAUCCAAGCCAUCACAAAUCCACUGGCGGUGCAGCGAGAAAAACUGUCUGGGAUUGGUUACAACUGCGAGUGAUCUCCGCGGUUCCAGGAUGCUCAAGAGCCAUAACCAUGCACUGAAAUCGGAUCGCAACUUCGUGCGAGUAGCUGAUUUGGCUUUGAUGAGCCGGAUUCCGGAUUCCGUCUCUACGGCGCUAAAACCUAUUAUCAUAGCAGAUAUGCAAGAGCCCAAACCUCCACAGCUAUCUGUCGCUCCGAAUAAUUCUACGUUGCAACAGAAGACUGGACUAAAUUGGAUGGAUUCAAAGGGAUCCUGUCCAACUCAACCACCACCAAUUUUACACAAAGCUUUGUUGAACCUUCAAUCCACUCCAACAUGUGAUUCUCCACAAGACGACGCUUCAUCGAUGGUAACAUCUACCAAAAGUGCUAAACAACCGAAGAAAGAAUCAAGAAAACAUAAGGCCAAACCGCUCAAAGCAAACAACAAGAAACCGAAAAUGACUGCUACAAUAUCGGUCAAUCCGACACCGUCUUCCAGUGCAAAGGCUUCGUCCAGUUCUGCCAUGGUUUUCUACAGCAACCAUACCGAUACCUACUAUAUGCGAUACCGACAACGUUUCUACUUCAAAGACGUUUCCCGAACUGAAAACACGCCUGGAUUGGGCGUCCUUUGGCGAUGCAUUAUCAAGAGUUGUCCCGCAACAAUAACGGUUUUCGCUAACAAGGCACAUUCUUCCGGUUCGAGCCACAACCAUGAUCUAGUCAGAGGCAAUGUGGAACGCCUCACACUGGUAACGUCAUCGGAAGCAUUGCAGAACCUUCCCGUCGUUCCGGACAUUGAGUUCUAUCGGUGUCCCACGACCUAUGGCCUUUGUCUACUGUACAACAAAUUCUCCUACAGUUUACAUCUGAGACAUUUACCCUCUGCCUUCUUUAUUUGGCAGUGUAAGACUGCCAACUGUUCCGGUUGUAUCCAUAGUGGUAUUGAAUUAGAGUAUCUGGUAUCAAAAGCCAUACACAACCAUGACGCACCUUCGGAGCAAACCGUUGAUGCUGAGCAUCGCAUAACGGUCCAGGAUGCCCUUCAGAUACUGAGUGAUCUCCAAAAUAGGUCUCAAAACUCCUCUAUUGCAUUGCUGAGCGACAAUGCUUCGUCAAGUGUAGCGACUGAGACCUAACGAGCUCCCGAAGCAAACUUCUCGCCCUUGUCGAUUUGUUAGUCCAUUGGAAUCACAUUUCAUCGUCAUCGAUAAGGUUCUAUUAACUAUGAUCAGUAAGAAGCCUUGACAAGUUCAGUUGAAUUAUCUUUAAGUUCAUAUAUUAAAGUUAUAAAAUAUUUAUUCUAAGACAAAGGAGCUUUCAAUAAACUACGUUAUCUCUUGAAAGAUAAAAUUGACAAUGCAAACAUA